UUUGGAGCAGGCUGGUGCCACCAAAAUACCAAGACGACCUUUGAUAUUCCUGCAAGUUCCAGCUGAAAAGGAUGCUGCUUUUGCAAAUCAAGCCAUACAGCAUGUGGAUUUCUCACAGCAGUUGAAAGGAGCAUGUUCUCCAUAAUAAACCCAUGAUGACCAAUUUCAGCCAAGCACUGCUUUCUUCUUUUAAUGUUUCAACGGACUAUAAUACAAGUGAGAAUAUAAUGGAAUAUAAUGAUGGAAUCCCAGCUGAUGGAAACUCAGAUAUAAGGAUUUACUUAGAAAUCAUAACAAGUACCAUCUGUCUUCUUAUCUGCCCACCUGGCCUGGUAGGGAAUGGGAUUGUCAUUUGGCUCCUUGGCUUCCGCAUUAAGAGGAAUCCCUUUACGGUCUACAUUUUGAACCUCUCUAUUGCUGACUUUGGUGUACUCACAAUGCAAGUUACUUUUAAUUUAUUAUUCAUUUUGCAAUAUUUUCAUCUUUUCUCAUUUUAUUUCAUUAUAUAUAUCCUUUUGUACACCAUGAAUAUAUUCGCAUUCAUAGCCAGUCAGUUCCUACUGAUAGUAAUCAGCAUUGACAGGUUUGUGUGUGUCUUCUUUCCACUUUGGCAUCGAUGCCACCGGCCACCAUAUUUAUCCACUGCUGUUUGUGUCAUGAUAUGGAUCCUCGCAUUAGUCUUCACUACAGGUGCCAUCCUCCUUGACCUAUUGAGGUUUUUAUUUCUCUUUAAUGCUGUUCUUUUAGCACCCAUUAUGUGUGUGUCCACUCUAGCCAUGUUAACUAAAGUCCGCUUGAGAUCAUUACAGCAGAAAAGGGGGAAACUGUUAAGAGCCAUUUUACUUACACUUCUCUUCUUCCUCUUCUUUGCUUUUCCAAUUAAUGCCAUUUGCAGUCUUUCCUUUUUAAAACAGCCAUCUCUUUAUGCCCAGGUAUAUGGAUAUGUACGUUUGAAUCUAAACAGUGCUGUUAACCCCUUUGUCUAUUAUUUGGUAGGAAGAGGAAACAGAGGUAGAUCUAGCAAGAGACUAAGUAAAGUAUUUGAGAAACUUUUCAAGGAGGAGGAAGACUGCAGAGAAAAUCAGGAAACCUCAAAUGAAACUCAAUUAUAAGGAUUCUUUGACAGGGAAGUUAGUAUUUCAUAAACUCUUCACUUCACUUUACUAAACUCUGGGUAAACGUAGGCUAUAUCAUAAGUUGAAGCAACUCAUUGGAAAAGACAGUAACAUUGGGCAAAGUAGAGACAAAGAUGAAAUACUUUGGCCACAUAAUGAGAAGACAGGAAAGCUUGGAGAAGACAAUGAUGUGGGGAAAUGGAAGGAAAAAGGA